AUGGAGGAAAUACCAGAAAUUGAAGGAAUUCGAGCAACUUCGUUAAGGAUCAAUGAUUGUCCAUCACCAUUACCAUCCGCUAUUACUACUCCUCAAAAACACUUAAAAUGCUUUAUGAGCGUACAUUUCGUGCAAAAGUUGAUAGCAGAGUUCGUGGGAACCUACAUGUUGAUAUUUGCUGGUUGUGCUGCUAUAAUUUUGAAUAUAAACAAGAACAAUGUUGUCACACUACCUGGAAUCGCGUCUGUUUGGGGACUUGUUGUCAUGGUUUUAAUUUACUCCGUUGGACAUGUCUCCGGUGCACAUUUUAACCCUGCUGUAACAAUUGCAUUUGCCACAAGCAAAAUGUUUCCAUGGAUUCAGGUUCCAGCUUAUAUUUUGGUACAAGUCGUGGGAUCCAUUCUCGCGAGUGGAUCCCUUCGACUAAUAUUUAAUGGCAAAGAAGAUCAAUUUGUAGGAACAGUUCCAGCAGGAACAAAUUUACAAGCUUUGAUACUUGAGUUUAUUGCCACAUUUUACCUAAUGUUUGUCAUUGCUGGUGUUGCUACUGAUGAUCGAGCUAUGAAACAUUUAUCUGGUGUUGCAAUUGGAGCCACUGUUUCACUUGAUAUAUUGUUCUCUGGACCACUAACAGGGGCAUCAAUGAACCCAGCAAGAAGUUUGGGACCAGCAAUUGUUACAGGUCAUUACAAAGGGUUAUGGAUUUACAUUAUUGGGCCAACUUUGGGGGCCAUUUUUGGUGCUUGGACUUAUAAUCUUAUGAGACUCACAAAUAAGUCUUGGGGUGAAGCUGUGAAAGAGAUUUCACAUUCACAAAAAGCUAUAGAAGUGUCCUCCAAAGACAAAGUUAUAUGCAAUUGUGGUGAAGGGUGGUCAUGUGUUGUCUCCAAGACUGAAGAAGCAGAAGUAGGCAACAUUUUCUUUGAAUGUGCUGAAGGUUGUCUUUGUAUUGUUGAUGAAACAAAUACUCUAAAAAAACAUGUAUAUGUAUAUGAAAAGACUAAAAGAAGAAAGAGUUACAAAAUAUAUAUUUAAAGGGCUUCAAAUCAUCAUU